AACAUGUACACCAAAGACGACAACGACCACAACAAUAUGUCGAACAGCAACUACAACAACAUGUCCAGCAACAACUACAACAACAUGUCCAGCAACAACUACAACAACAUGUCGAGCAACAACUCCACUACCAACAACAACAACCACAACGACAACAACAACAACCCCAACGACAACCCCAACGACAACCCCAACAACAACCCCAACAACAACCCCAACAACAACAGCUUCAACGACAACAACAACGACGACGACUACUACCACAACAAUAACAACAACAAGAACAACCCCAACAACAACCCCAGCGACAACCCCAACGACAGCCCCAACGACAACACCAACAACGACAACAACAACAACGAAAACAACCCCAACGACAACAACGACAACACCAACAACGACAACAACAGCAACAACUACAACGACAACAACCACUGCGUGUCCAACAACGACAACUACCACAACAACAACAACAACAACAACCACAACAACAACAACACCUACCACAACACCAACAACAACAACAACAACUACCACAACAACUACCACAACAACAACAACGACAACAACAACAACAACAACAACAACAACUACCACAACAACAACAACGACUACUACCACAACAACAACAACGACUACUACCACAACAACAACAACGACAACUACCACAACAACAACAACAACAACAACAGCAACAACAGCCACAGCAACAAAAGCAACAACAGCAACAGCAGCAACAACAACAAUAACAACAACAAGAACAGCAACAACAACAAGAACUGCAACAACAACAACAACAACAACAGCCACAACAGCAACAACAACAAUAGCAACCACAGCAACAACAACAACAACAACAACAACAGCAAUAGCAACAACAGCAACAACAGCAACAACAACAACAACAACAACAACGGUAACAACAACAAUAGCAACCACAGCAACAGCAACAACAACAGUUACAACGACAAGAACAGCAACAACAACAACAACAACAACAGCAAUAGCAACGACAGAAACAACAGCAACAACAGCAACAACAACAACAACAGUAACAACAACAACAACAACAGCCACAACAGCAACAACAACAAUAGCAACCACAGCAACAACAACAACAACAGUUACAACGACAAGAACAGCAACAACAAUAACAGUAACAACAACAACAACAACAGUAACAACAACAACAACCGCAACAACAAUAACAGUAACAACAACAACAACAACAACAACAACAGUAACAACAACAACAACCGCAACAACAGCAACAACAGUAACAACAACAACAACAACCACCUCGACGGUAACGGCAAACGCAAAAGCAAACCUAAAAGCAAAGGCAAAAGCAAUGCGAUGGGGGUGUGUAAUAGCAAUAACAGCAACAACAACAAAAACAACAACAACAACAACUGUUAAAUUGUGCAAUGAAAGCAGCAAAUUGUCAACGGUGCGACGCCUCGGCAGACAUGACGCAAGCAACGACGCCGACGGCGCUGCGCUCACCCACACACACACACACAUAAAUUAAGCCGCUUCGUUUGGCUGCAUUGUCCUGGGGAUUUCCUUUUGCUACUUUCGCUCUAAGUUCGCGCGCAGCUCGCGUGCGCUUAACUAUUUAUAAAAAUGUCCAGGCACCUGGACUCGGACACGGACAGGCACCCGCACCCGGACCCGAGCUUGGACUCGGACAUGUUGACGUUGUCGCUGACAGCCGGAACUGCAAGUCGCAGCCCCCACCCACCCAUCCACUCCUAGAAUUCUAUACGCUGCACUGCGAUUGCAGAGCCAUUUGUGCAAGGCAUCAACUUCAAAAUUCUACACAUAACUAUUAAAUGAGAGAUAAUGAGCUAAGUGCCCACCUGUUCGGGCACUUUGAGGACUCUGAGCACUUUUUGUUCAUUUCUAACGCCAAAUCAAUAAAUGUCAAUAUACAUAUAUAGGUAAAUAUCUGACAAACCUCUUCUAGAUUUUCUUUGCAGCUCGAGAGGUUAAAGAAAGGAUCCAAUUUAGCCUUGGAUAAAAGGUAAAAUUUGGUAAAACACUGUAAUAUGACAAGUGUGACCAGCUACAAAAAUCGAAAAAACACAUAUUUCUGACUUACAAAAAAAUUUGCCAUACCACUUUCUUGAUACCCAUUGCGAAAUAACUCAAUUUAAACGGUAUGUUGCAGAUAUGCAACAAGGCCGUAUAAAAGGUUAAUAGCUGGAGAUAUCUUUAGUAGACUAAAUUUGUUUGGAUAGAUAUUUAAGCUAUUCUUCACUUAAGUACCUAUAGACAUAGACGAGCUUAUGAUAAAUAUACAUAUAUCUACAUACAUGUAUCUAGUUUUAUCUAGCAUACACAACCGUUCAUUCUAUUCAUUCAGGAAUUGAGAACGUACAUAUAUUGCUUCUGUGUGCUUUUCUAUCAGUUCGUGCACCAACUCAUCUGUCUAUCUAUCCAUCCCUUUUUCCUUCUCUCUGUCUAUUCCAUUCGAUUAUUCUUCCGUUCGCCUGUUUCCCUGUAUAAAGCAA